AUGAUACCCUGUUCCUUAAACACCUUGCUUUCCCCCCCCUACCUAUCACGAGAUAUCAUAAACAGUGCUUCCCAGUCGUCGACUAAAAUUGGUCAAUGCACCCACUGCCACCCAGUAAGACACAUACUAGUGCUAUACUGUAGCAAGCUAAGACAGAGAUAA